AUGGAAUCGAAAUUGCCUAUAACGAUUAUUGGCACUCCAAAGAUUGUUUUCAAUGGAAAAUGGACAAGAAUUGCAGAAACACGUUUUAAAAAAUCUGGAAGUUCACAAGAAAUGGUAUAUUCUUUAGCUGUUUCACGAAAUUCAAAAGCUGAUGGAGUGGAUAUUAUCGCAAUACUUAAGAAGGGAGGAAAGCAAUAUUUUGUGCUUAUAAAACAAUAUCGCAUACCUAUUGGUGGAUUUUGCCUUGAAUUUCCAGCCGUGGAAACUGCUGGUCUGCGAGAAUUAAAAGAAGAAACAGGAUAUACUGCAACAAAACAGUAUCAUCAUUCAUUUCUGCUUUUUUUUUUUUCAGAUGAGAAUGCUGGCCUUGAUCCUGGUCUAACCGAUGAUUCUGUUAAUUUUUUGCGAGUUGAAAUCGAUGGAGAUGCUGAGGAAAAUAAAAAUCCUGUGCAGAAAUUAGAUGAAGCCGAACACGUUGAGGUCGUUCUCGUUGAAUGUGACAAAAUUUGGUCUUAUGUCCAAUCUGUAUCAAAUAACCUCUAUGUUGAGGCAAUGGUUUACACAUUCGCUUUAGGCUAUAGUUUCAUACACUAA